AUGGUGGAUAUUCGGAGAGGCUUUUACACAGACCAAAGCGCCAUCGUCAAGAAUGCCACCCCCCGCAAUGCCCCCUCUCCCUUUGACCCACUCGACGGCUUCUCAAGACGCCACAAUGGACCCUCUUCCCAGGAUGUCGAACAGAUGCUGAAGACUGUCAACGCGCCUUCGCUCGACAAGUUCGUGCUGGACGUCUUACCGAAGGAUAUUUUGAGCAAGAAAGACUUGGAUAUCAAUGGCCCCGCUUUCGACGAUAGGCCUGAGGGCUACUCAGAGACGGAGAUCUUGACCAGAUUACGGGAGAUUGCAAGCAAGAACAAGGUGGUGAAAAGCUAUAUUGGCUGCGGAUAUGCGGGGACAAAAGUGCCUGAGGUCAUCAAGAGAAAUGUCCUGGAGAAUCCAGCAUGGUAUACCAGUUAUACGCCAUAUCAGCCAGAGAUCAGUCAGGGCAGACUGGAGUCAUUGCUGAACUUUCAAACUGUUGUGACCGACCUCACUGGUCUUGCCAUCGCCAAUGCUUCCGUGUUGGAUGAGCCCACUGCUGCCGCAGAGGCAAUGACGCUGUCAAUGAAUGCUGUGCCAGCGUCUCGUCAGAAACGCCCCAACAAGACUUUCCUCGUUUCACAUCUUUGCCAUCCACAGACUAUCGCUGUGCUAUAUUCACGCGCAGAAGGGUUCGGCAUCAAGAUCGUUGUUACAAAUGUGCUAGCGGAUGACUACAAGCAGGUCAAGGAGACAGGAGAUGAUCUCAUCGGUGUUCUUGUACAAUAUCCUGAUACCGAGGGUGGUGUCGAGGACUUCCAGGGGCUCUCAGAUCUGGUACAUCAGCAUAAAGCCACCAUGAGUGUAGCGACAGACUUGCUCUCGCUUACAUACCUAAAGCCACCGGGAGAAUUUGGUGCUGAUAUUGCUUUUGGAAAUGCACAGCGUCUGGGUGUGCCCUUCGGAUAUGGAGGACCCCAUGCGGCCUUUUUUGCUUGCGGAGAAAAGCAAAAGAGGAGGAUUCCUGGUCGCUUGAUUGGUGUCUCCAAGGACCGUCUCGGGAACAAAGCCAUGAGACUUGCUCUCCAGACGCGGGAACAGCACAUUCGGCGUGAGAAAGCAACCAGUAACAUAUGUACCGCUCAAGCUCUCCUUGCUAACAUGAGUGCUUUUUAUGCGGUAUAUCAUGGUCCACAGGGGUUGCGAGACAUCGCGCUCAAAGCCCUGCAUGGCGCGAGGUUCCUAGAACAAGGAAUCCAGAUCCUUGGAGAGGGCAAAGAUGUCAAAGUCAAUGGAAGAAGCCAUGGAUCAGCAGCGAAGACGCUGUCUGACACUAUCACAAUCGAGCUGCCCCAGUACUUGCUCUCAGACCUCUUAAGACUCACCAAGGGAGAGAUGAACUUUCGCCAGCUAGGCAAGGGUCGCAUAGCUAUCACUGUAGACGAGACGGUCGAAAAAGUGGACUUAUUGCGCAUCUUGUGGGCUUUUGCCCGUAUACUCAAGGCCGAUCAGUCGAGUAUCAAUAAGCUAGAACAGGUCUUCCAUAGUACGUCUUACCAAGACAUACAGAUAGACGAGCUCUUCCAACGGCAAUCACCUUACCUCACCCAACCAGUCUUCAAUACGCAUCACUCAGAGACUCAACUCCUUCGGUACAUCCAUCACCUACAGUCGAAAGACCUGUCUCUUGUGCACUCCAUGAUACCUUUGGGCUCUUGCACUAUGAAACUCAACGCGACAACCGAGAUGGCCCCAGUCUCAUGGCCGGAAUUUUCUUCAAUGCACCCAUUUGCGCCCCUUGACCAAGCCGAAGGGUACACUAUGCUUAUCGAGGAACUCGAGAAAGAUCUAGCAGAGAUCACUGGUUUUGCUGCUGUUUCCCUCCAACCUAAUUCUGGAGCUCAGGGUGAGUUCACUGGACUCCGAGUGAUCCGCAAAUUCUUGGACCAAGGACCUGGGAGAAAAAGAGACAUCUGCCUCAUCCCCGUCUCAGCUCAUGGAACAAAUCCAGCCAGCGCGGCCAUGUGCGGCAUGCGAGUCCUGACCAUCAAAUGUGACCCCAGCACUGGUAACCUUGAUAUGCAAGACCUCAAAGAGAAAUGCGCCAAGCACAGCGAAGAAGUUGCCGCAAUUAUGAUCACCUACCCCAGCACCUUCGGCGUUUUCGAGCCAGGCGUAAAAGAAGCCUGCGAAAUUGUGCACUCUCACGGCGGCCAAGUGUACAUGGACGGUGCGAACAUGAACGCACAGAUCGGCCUAUGCUCUCCCGGCGAGAUCGGCGCGGACGUCUGCCAUCUCAACCUCCACAAGACCUUCUGCAUUCCACACGGCGGUGGCGGACCCGGAGUCGGUCCCAUAGGCGUGAAGUCUCAUCUUGCCCCCUUCCUUCCCGGCCACCCCUUCACCACCACUGCCGGUGGUGACAAAGCUAUUGCGCCUGUCAGCGGCGCACCCUGGGGCUCGGCAAGCAUCCUACCCAUUAGCUGGGCCUACAUCAAAAUGAUGGGCGGUCGCGGCCUUACUCACGCCACGAAGCUCUGCCUCCUCAACGCAAAUUACAUCCUUUCACGUCUAAAGCCGCAUUAUCCAAUUCUCUACACCAACAGCGCAGGCAGGUGCGCGCAUGAGUUCAUCCUCGAUAUCCGACCUUUCAAAGACACCGCAAACAUCGAAGCCAUCGACGUUGCGAAACGCUUGCAAGAUUAUGGAUUCCAUGCUCCCACUAUGUCGUGGCCUGUGGCUAAUACGCUCAUGAUCGAGCCUACGGAAAGCGAGGAUCUUGCUGAGUUGGACAGAUUUUGCGACGCGCUGAUUGAGAUUCGGGAGGAGAUCAAGGAGGUAGAGAAGGGGAAACAGCCGAGGGAGCAGAAUGUCUUGAAGAUGGCUCCGCACUCUCAGCGGGACCUUCUGACGGAUGGUAACUGGGAGAGGAGUUAUGGACGCGAGAAGGCGGCAUAUCCAUUGAAGUGGUUGAGGGAGAAGAAAUUUUGGCCGAGUGUCACGAGGGUUGAUGAUACUUACGGCGAUAUGAAUCUUUUUUGUACAUGUGCGCCGGUGGAGACGAUUGAUGGAAUGACUGGAGCUGCGGCCCCGGCGCCCACUUGA